GCUCUGUAUGCGCAAUUCAACGCGUGGUUUUCUUAGCAGUGAUAGAGAAUGGGAUUGUGACGUCUGAAGAGAAAAAAAAGUGAGUGCUAGUGUGCACUUUUGGUGUGUGUGUUCACAGAAUGCUAUCCAGAAAACUGGGCCAAGAGUUGGGGCGACCAACUCAAUCCCUCUCCGGGUGGCUGAUUAGCAAGUUCCUGAAGAAGCAUAACCAGAUCCUAGAGGAGAAUGCAGUGAAGCUGUGUGAGAUCCAGCCUGAUGAUACAGUGUUGGAGCUGGGACAUGGUCCAGGCCUGGGUUUACAGGUAGCUGUCCAGCUCCUCACAGGGCCUGGAGGAAAGCUGCUUGGGGUGGAUUACUCCAAGUACAUGCAUCGCAUGGCCUCAGAGAGGAUGCAGGAGCACAUAGCCAGUGGGAAAGUGACUCUGCACUGCUGUGAUGUAGCAGCAAUGCCAUUAGAAGACAGCAGUGUGGAUAAAGUGUUCCACUGCAAUUGCUACUACUUCUGGCCUGACCUGAAGGCAGUAACCUCGGAGAUACACCGAGCGAUGAAACCAGGUGCACUCAUGGUGACGACCCUCAGACUGGAUCGUGUUGUUACACUUGCAUCUAAGAAAGUGUUUCCUGGAGAGAACUGGCGACCUGAAGCCUACAUAGAGGCGCUGCAGUCCUGUGGUUUUGCAGAUAUUCGAAUGGAGAACAGAACAGAGAAGCUCAUCCCAUUUCAAGCAAUUUAUGCCACUGCUGCAAAGUAAAGCAGGAACAGAUCUAGCUGUCUGUCUGUGCCUGUCACUUACACUUUCUCCCCUCCCCUCAUCCAUAUGUAUAUAGACAAUUCUAAAGGGUUCACAAAUUUUCAAGCAUCAGUGUGUGUUUGUGGUAAUUUACUGUUUUCUGUAUUCAAGUUCUUAUUUUAUUUCUUGUACCAUUUUAUUCAAUGUUCAGCAUUUUAGUCAACGCAGAUAGUUUUAAAGGUGCUCUCUAAAUAAAUCUUAUUAUUAGAUAGUGUCACGUUGGAUGAUGCACAAAUAUUUAAAAACAAAGCUCCUACUUGGAGCUCCUACAAAUGUUGUUAGCCCUAUAUUAUAUAAUGUUUCAUGGAAGCGGCUUAAUAUUUUCCUGAUGGUACAGCUAAAAUAUGUGGAACACCAAUAUAGAAACUUCAUAGUUUAAUGAAGCCUGUUAUGUUUACCCUUUUUAUUUAGUGGGCUAGUUCAGAUUAAUGCUAAAGUGAUGAGUUUACAUCAGUGAUCACCAGCCCUGUUCCUGAAGAGCUACCUUCUAGAAGACUUUAACUCUAACCAUAAUCAUGCCCACCUGACCAUCUAAUUAUUGCCUUAAAACAGGUGUGUUAGAUUUUGGUUGGAGAGGAAAUCUGCGGGAAGAUAGAUCUUAAGGAAGAGGGUUCAGAUUAGAAGGAAUUCAGAUUUGAUUUCUCAGCAGAUCAUUGAGUUAGCAGAAAAACAGUAGGUAGUUUGCUCUGGAAUUGAUGUACUUCAAGAAAUUCUGACCUCAUUAUGCCUGUUGGAACUCCCAGAAUCUCUGGUUUAAUAAUACAUUUUAAACUCCCAUAACCACUGACUUUGCAAUGCUCAUAAACCCCUAGAAUCUCUGACAUCUUAAUGCCUAUUACAAUCCCAUAAUCUCAGAUUUCAUACGGGCUGUUGACCUCCCAGAUUCUCUGAUGUAACAAGGGUAAACACACUUAGAGUCUCUGACUUCACAGUGCCUACUGAAUUCCCAAAUUGUUUGACUUUACACUACUGAUAAACUUGUGCACAGGUCUCCCAGUAUCUUUAACAUAACAAUGCUGAUAAACAACUAGAAUCUCUGAAUUCUAAAUGCCUGUUGAACUCCCACAUUUCUCUGACUUCACAAUACUCAUAAACACCAAAAAUCUCUGACUUCACAAUAUGUAUUUAACCUCCAGUAUCUCUGACUUCAUAAUGCCUGUUCAACUCCCACAUUCUAUGACUUCACAAAGUUUCUGCUAUAUCUGAAUCUGUUUAUAUUUUCUCUCUUGAAACAAAUGGGGGACGCAGUUUGUCACAUUUCCAAGAAAUCGGAAAGCGCAAACAACUCUGUCCUGAAGACUCAAGUCUUGCAAAAGUUCCAUAACAUUAAACAUUUAAAAAGUGUGAUGUGUUGUUCAUUAAUAAAUAAAAAUUUGUAAUUGUUG